AUGCAUCUGGCCAUUUUGACUCGAUGCGCUCUGCUCGUGCCCGUUGUCAUCCUCGCGCGAGCCGAACCAGCUCAUCAGUCGACGAUCUCCCACAACUCCAAGACGCUCGAUGCCCGCUCAGUACCGGUGGCGGAUCACACUUCCAGGUCAGACUCCGAGCCAACUUCGAUUGCUGGGAAUCUUGAGAUCCGGAAGCAACAGGAGCGAGCCGCCGGAGACUUCGCCUUUAUUCCGCCCGUCGGGGGCAGCGAACAUGGACGCCGCACAAUUGCCCAAUCAAGCUUCGAGGCUCGCACACACGAUUUGUCAGCCCGCGCUACACAACCAGCUGUUGAAUCAGCCAUCGAACGUGAUACUUGGUCGCCGCGACUCGAACAAAAGGCUCGAGACCAAGUAACGAGCCAAGACGCCAAAGAGUCUUCCCUCAUAGCACGCGCCAAGGCCCCCGAGCAUCCUGUGAAUGACCAUAUAGCGGCAUGGGUUGUUGCACCAUCUGUUGGUUCAAACGAGCACCAUCGUCGGUCGGCACUGACGCGGGAAGAACCCGAUUUCGCUAGCCGCUCGAUAACUCGCAACGUAUCCCCGCGGCUCAAAUUUUUUGGCCUGGUGAGACCCAUAGGGACCCCCGGAGACGGCGGCGAACACCAUCGUCGUUCCUCUUCGGUCGAAGAAAUGAACCUCGCCCGCCGGUUUGAGAUCCGCAAGAUGCCGCUUAGUUCCAAGGACCUCGACAUAACGGAGUAUCAACGCAGGUCUCACGCUGCAGAAAGCGCUCCGACUGCCCGUCCUGCAACCACUGGCAAUGUGCAUCGUCCAUUCAAACUUUUUGGGAUUGUAACAACAGGCGGCGGCUGGGAACACCACCGUCGACAGAGUGUCGAUGAUGAGGGGUCGACCAAGACCAGCCGCCGCGAUCUUGAUCCGCUCCCAUCUCAGACUCUGGGCCAUACUAAACAGAAGCGAGCAGAGAAGCCAAAGACGCGGCCAUCGUGGGGCUGCUGUGGAGCCGCAUACGAGCUGUAUCGUCGCUUGACCUUCAGCACGCUGAUAGAAGUGUCAACUAGUACAGAUGAUUCCAACACCCACAUUACCACCACCUCCUGGACCGUCUUCGCCAAGCGAUCCCCCGCCCCCAGUGCAGGGACGAAGAAAAAGGCAAAAGUGCAGCCGCAACGCACCACACCAGCUUCUCAGGACCCCAAUGUUGACCCCACAACCAAAGCUUCGCAGACCAAGCCAGGCUCUGAAGCACCAGCACCUGACAAGUCGGACGAAAAGCACGCCCAGAUUUACGGCUCUCUGAAGUUUCCCUUGGCAAUCUGGGGUGGCGGAGGGGAGGUAGGGCGUCGUUAA